AUGAGACUUCUACUUUGUCAACACUACGACCUUAGUACAUCUGUCCCCGUGCAUCGAAACAUUUCAAAUAUUCGGUUCUGCACACUCAUGGCUCUGGAUCCAGUUGGUGGCAGCUUGGAGUCCACGUCGUGCAAAGCGUACUUUCGCACCAGCGUCCUAGGUACGUCCACUAGUCACUUCACUCCGAUUAUGUGGGAAAUUCGGCCGAUUCAUUUGAACGGCUGGCUCACCACAUCAUAUUCUGAUGAUCUUUUAUUAUCGUACCUGCUCAUCGCAGACAUAUCUACGGGUUUUCCGCCACCUUGGCGAUAUCGAUAUCGCCAUGUUCAAAACCCUGAAGGCAGUGUUUAUUCAUCUUCUUGCAUUAUACUAGAUUUGGCGGGCUCCCUUACAUGCUUUGUUCCGCCCGCCCUCAUGGUGAAGACUACUUUUGCUUAG